AUGCUGCUCUCCGUAUUCCUCGCCCUGUUCCUCCCCUGCGCCGGGAUGAGCGCUCUGUUCGUCGUCUACAUUUGCCUCCUCUGGUUCGCCUCCAAUCCACCCAUCAAUCCCCCGCCGAACAACGACGAUUUGAAGCCCCCUGCCAAAAAAGGCCUCUCCGCCGAGGAGCUCGAAAACCUCCCCAAGGUCGCCGGGAAGGAGCUCACGAUGGGGGACGAAUGCGCCGUCUGCCUCGACGAGAUCGAGCCGGAGCAAAUCGCGCGAAGGAUUCCGGUCUGCAAUCACGGAUUCCACAUCGAUUGCGCGGACAAGUGGCUGUCGAAGCACCCGUUCUGCCCCGUCUGCCGCGGUAAAAUCGACCGCCAAAGCCUGAUCGGUUCCGCCGGCGGCGGCGGCGGAGGAGGGGAAGUAGAAGGCGAUGAUGACAGUCCUGUUUGA